AUGGGUGAAAGAAAGAGAUUUAAAUUUCAGUCAUCCUCUAAAAUCGCAAAAUCCCUGAUACUUUCUGCAUACGAUGAUAUAGUUACAUUUUCAUCAAAAGACGAAAAUGGACCACCCAGAUGCUUUAAAGUUACUUUAACAAAUAUCUUGAAGGUAAAAGAUGUUCUCAAGUUUCAAAAAGAGCUCAGAGAGCUUCAAAAAUCAGAGUUUUUUCUAAAUCUAGAUUCUUUUGGUGAUUUAAAUGAAAAAGACUCCGAAUAUUUCCAAAAACCAAUUGAAACGCUGCUUAAUUGUUCAAAAGAAUCAUCUCCAGUUGAGCUGGACUAUCUAUGUAGGAUUAUGGCAGCAUAUUUCAAGGAUUUUGGAAAUAAAGAGGGUUUGAAAGUACCAUUUGAUGAUUUGCUUGAAAUUAUUGAGUUGAACACGAACCUAAACUCUAAGCCAAUUUUCACAUUUAUCUUAACAUACUUCAAAGUACAAACGAGUUAUAUUUUGAAUAAUGUGGAGGUUGUUUUAAAGGAUUUUAUGCAAUGGCUAAAUUCAAGUAAUCAUCUUAUAAAGAGAUUGUCGAUGGAGUCUUUGGGAAUGCUACUGAGAAGAGCAACAAUACCGAUCAUAAAGCAAGUUGUAACACUAUGUAUAAGCACGGAUGGGUCUGAGAAGAUUAUCUUUUCAAUAAUUCAAAAUAUCGAUGGAAAUUUCACAAGUAAAGUCAAGACAUUGUUCACGUUCAUGUUUGAGGAUCUCAUACCAAACAGAAGUGUAUAUCUUGAAAAGGUAUCAGAAAAUAUCAGAAAAACAAUACUACUCAUGUCAACACACGCAAAGGACAGUAAAGUAGAUAUAUCAUGGCUAAAAAAUCUAUACCAAACAAAUCUGGAAAAAUUAUCACAAGCCACUUGUAGAAUAGAUUUUAAAUCAAUUUGCAUAGUCUUGGAGUUGGAACUAGAAAUGCUAAUGACAUUCAAUGAGACCAAAUUUACGACUGUUAAAAGUUACCCACUGAUUACAGAUGGAGAAUAUUUUAGUAUCAUGUUAACUGACUUUCUAGUACCUCUACUCAGGUUCUCAAACAUAAGUGGGAGAUCACAAUUGUUCGAUGAUAUAUGUAGUUAUCUCCUUAGGGCAGUUCGUUCAAAUACAGACUCAACUAAGAUAGUAGAUCGAGAUUUCAGCUUGUUUCUAACUAACGUUGACCAUAAUUUGGUGGGAAUGAACAAUAUAAAUUCGUUUCUAUCCCUGUUUGAAUGGCGACUAAAAACAAAUAAUUUGGGACAGGUGUCACAUAUAUUAUUGGUAUUCUCAAGAAUAUUGCAUAACAAGGAUAUAUUUCACCCGCUAAUUGUAAACCCCUCAAUACUAAAAAGAGUAUUAGAGUGUAUAGACUCACUACUGACAGAGAUGGAACAAGAGAUAAUUAAUACAGACUCAUUUUUGAAUCUGUUUGGAAUAAUCUAUGGUUUGUCAUUCAUCAACAAGGUUAGAAUUAAGUCGAAAGCCUCUAAAAUUGAGAAUGCAGAUCAUUUGAUGGAAAGGAUACUGUCACAGGUUUUAAAAGGCCUUGAAAAUUCACAUGACCCAAGAGUUUUGUUUAAAAUUUAUAUAAUCGGAUUUGAGUUGUUAAAUAAAGAUAAGAGUGCGUGGAUUGAGAAAUUAAUUUCAGUUUCAUCGAUGUUGGAUUUGUUUGGCAAUUAUUUUUUGCUGGAGUUUUUAGUUACAAAUUUCAACGACAAAGUGGAUUCAAUACUGGAGUUGGUCAUGACGAAGCUGCCAAAUGAGAAUGAAUUUCUGAGAAUUAACGCAAUUAAGCUGGUUCAACUGCAUUAUAAGUUAAACUCCAGUGUGACUAACUAUUUAAAUCAGUUAUUGGAGCUGGAAAUGAUGCCAAACGAUAUUGAAAGCGCAAGGAAAAAGUGUACAUUAAUGUCAAGAGUUGUAAAUUUAAUUGAUUUCGAGUCAAUAAAGGGAGGAGAAUAUCAUCUGUUUAUUAUUCUGAUUAAGAAGAUUUUACUGAGCCAGUACUAUGUUAAGUUCUCACCACUGUGGGAAGGUGCAUACAAUGCAAAUAUACUAUUAAUUUCUAAAUUGAAGGGUUAUGAAAAGUCACUAAAAGCAACAUGGGACUUGUACAUGGAAAAUUUGAAGAUGGAAGAUUUUAGACAUUUAAGAUUAGAAGAAUUUAAUGAUAAAAUUUUAGAAUCAGCCCUGAAUUAUGUAUCAAGAGAGAGGACUGAUCCCAUCACCAUCCAGUUUCACCUACUCAAGGUUGCAUUUGAAAUUAUAUCAGCAGUAAAGGAUAGGGAGCAGAAAUUUGAAGAUUUAAUAAAAUACACACUGGAACAGUUUGAAAAGAAUAGUGAUUUCCUUAAAAAUCCUCUGUGUACACUUAGUGAACUUUUCACGAAGUUUAAUAGGGAAGUUUACAGAGAUGAGCUUUUUGAAUCAUGCAUAACUGCGGGUUUGAAGUCUAAGGACCCAAAAAUCCGUGAAGCAAGCCUAGUUAUUAUUUCAAAAAGGCAUAAAAUUGAUGUAAAAAGACUUUCAGAUAUGUGUACGGGGAACUUUCAGCAGAUAUCAGCCUUGACUAAAAAGUACGAAUACUCAGAAAUGGAAUUCGAGACUAUAGAGGACAGAAAAAACUUGAAUUUGUCAAUUGGAAUAGAAAUUAGACUUUUGGUACCAAGAAUAUAUCAAUACUCAAAUGUAUCACAUGGAAACUCAUUUGUUGAUUAUUUUUUAAAUUUUGACAGAAAGUAUGUAAAUUUACUAAUUAUGGAGUUGUUGCCAGUCAAGUAUUCGAGUUUAUUUAGAGAGAAGGAUGACGAGGAAUUCAAUUGGAUGGUCGAACAAUUAAUUACAAGUGUGGAAAAUAAUUUUCAUUUACCAAAUGUCUUGACGACAUUAAAUUUGAUAAUUAAAAGACUAGUUAAUCAUUUGAGACCACAGAGUGUAAAGAUAAUGGAGUUUUGUUGUUUACUUCUAGAAGAAAACCAUGAAUUCAAGUCCGCAGACUCUAGAAUUAUAGUUGAACGUACAUUUAAAAUCAUAAUUGAGCUAGUGAGAGUAUUUGGAACAGGUCAUUUUAUUGCCGUAUUUUUACGGUAUUCUAAAAUAAUAGUUGAACUAGUUAAGAUAAUUGGGCUUGAUUUCGUUUUAAUAUGCACAUCUGAGAUGGAUACUAUGUCAGAAUUUUGUACAAGAGUUGUUAAGGAACUUUUCCCGUCAGUUUUUGACUCAAAGUUGUCCAGAAAACAUUUAAUGUUGGCAAAUAACAUAUAUAAUCUGUAUGCAAAUCAUCUGAAAAGGAACAAUAUUGAGGAAAAUAGUGAAAUGAAAACAUUGAUGAUAAGUUCAUCAGAAGCAUUGUUAGACUCGAUGUGUAGUUCAGGGAAGUAUGAAUGUAACCUUUUGUCAUACAUUGUACUCUUGAAUCUUAAUAAUGAGGUACAAAACAAGGCUUUAUCGAUAUUCAUCAAAUCAUUGCCAACAAGAACUGAAAUGAACAGAUCACUAAGACUGAACUCGAAAAAUGAUUUAGAACUGUGGAAAAGAAUAUUAAAUUCAUUGGAAUCAUGUAUAUCGUUAUUGGAUCCAAGUGAUACAGAGUCACUGGAAAAUAUUUGGGAGUUUGUAAACAACGUGUUAUCAAUGGUGCCAGAUAACAAAUGUAGAAAUUAUGCAUCUUCACUAAUAACGAAAAUACCAUCAAAAGGUAAUUUUGGAUUUUUUAAUAAUAAUGUAGAUGAAGGAGUAGGAUACAUAGGUGAAAAGCUAUGUCUGAUGAACAAAGAAUCAGUUGAGUUGAGGUUAGAUUUGGACCAGAACGUGGAAAUCAUCUCAGAGAUAAUAGAAGUUUUGGAUAACAAAAUGUCACUCAGGUGUAUUAAUUCACUAUUGACACAUUCAUUAUUUUUGUUGUGGAACCACCAAGGUGAUCCAGGAGUAAGGAGGUCUGUGGCAGCAAUGUCAUUUAAAGUUCUUGAAAUUGUUAAGUUUAGGUUAACGGAAUCUAUAUGUCUAGACUAUGGCAAAUAUUCUGAACCGACAUAUCUAUUGUCAAAUACGUUGUUCCCAUUCAUACGUCGGUGUCUGGGAGGAAACUCAGAGGACUCGUUAAUAUGCCUAUGUCUUGAGAUUUUAGAGCAUUAUGUGAGGUUAUUUUCCUCAGUGCUGGGUUCAAACCCGGUUUUGUUUUCAGAUUUACACUCGGAUUUGUUGUUGAACCCUGUUGUGGGAGAUUAUCUCCAUAGUAUGAGAGAGUUGCAGAAGUUUAAGAGGUCAAAAGGUUUGAGGAGUUUACAAACACUGGUUGAGUCGAAUUGUUUUACAAAUAAUACUCUAUUGAAGCUUAUCAUUCCACUAUGUACCCAGUACCUAACUCAAAGGAACACAGUUAGGAAUUUGGCUCUAUCUGAAGCAUCCAAACAGUCUAUGAUUACAUCAUGUGAACGUUUACCAGCUCAUUCCUUCGUAAAGAUACUCAAAAGGCUCUUGAAAAUAUAUGAUUCCUCUAAACUAACAAUGGUGUUACAGAUUUUCGCAUCAAUCACAAAGUUGAAGGUUGGAGAGUUGUAUUCAUAUAACAUGGCUGGGAUAAGUACAGGAGGAUCAGAAAAUUUCAGCACUAGAGUGGAGCCAUUUAAAGAUACGCUUAAAAUAGGUCUAAUAUUAUCCAAGUUGAAGAAGAUGAGCGUUGUCCAAGGAAAGAAGAAGCAGGGAGAUGUGCCAGUGGUAGAAGUGUUCGAGUGUAUAGGUUGGUUGCUUCAAUAUUACCCUGAAUCUAUAAUAAACAAGGAGCUGAUACUACACACGAGAGUCCUGGCAAAGUUUCUGAUAUCGAGAAAUAGGGAUGUUAGAAGGUUGGCAAGGAUAUCACUAAUCAACUUGGCAAAACCAUUUAAAACAAAGUAUAUUGAUGUCUUUAUAAGGGAGUUGUUCACAAACAUGACGAAAGGAUAUAAGUGUUCAGUGCUGAUUUUUACAAUUUACUCGAUUUUAAAUAAAGUCCUUGAUGAAGAGAAUAUACUGACCCCAACUAAUCAGCUUAAGCUUUUGUACACAAUGAUAUUGGACGAGAUAUCCAGAGUCCAGGAAAAAGAUGACUCAAAAUCAAAGAUAGAUGAGGCAAGGCAUCCGAAAUCAUCACAACUGAUUUCGCUAAUUUCACAGCUUUCAACCUUGGAAGUGGUUGAGCAGAAUUUCACCUUCCUGUACUCACUUUUAAAUGGAAAGUUAUCGAGCCACAAGCUGAGUCUUUUGGAAUAUUCAGAUAAGUUUUUGAGGAAAAUUAAUGAAUUGAUAGUUUCAGCAACAUCAGGAGUUAUAAAUAACAAAAAUAUAGACAAGACGACAGUUUGCUUUAAGAUAUUCAUGACGAUGUUACCGAAGGUGAGAGGGAUUGAAGAUAACAUUUCCAAGUUUCCAAAAGAGAUAGUUGAGCUUUAUAGAAAAUAUUUAUCCAGGCCCGAUUACAUUCUGAGUGAUUAUUUCGAACUAUCAAAGCCAGAAGCUAAAUUACCAGAGGAUGAGAUUGUGAAAAAAGGUUAUUUCUCAAAGUUGACUGAAAGAUUUACAAUCAUGCCAGGUGCGUCCACUGGAAGGUCACUAGAAUCAUCCAUGAAGAAACCUGGGUUUGAAAAUCAUAUCUUCGCACCUCUAUUUGUAAAUUCAUCGAUUCGUCUAUUCGGAAACAUAGUCUCUUCAACUAAUUUAUCGAAUAAAAUGGAAGAUAAUUUUAAUUUAUCAAAUAAAUUGGAAAAUGGUCUAGAGUGUGAAACUAGGUAUCGUCUUUGUGAGUUUAGUGUUUUGGUGAGUUUCCUUAGCGAGGAGGUAAUUCUUCAAAAAUCAAGCUGUAGUUGUAUGCUAAAGAUGUGUAAGUCGAGGCCCGAGUUAAUUGAGGAUUUCGGGCUAGUCUUGGCCAUAAAUCUAGUUGAAAGGAUGGGAUCACUGGACAUGGUGGGUUCAGAAGAGCUUGCAAAGGACCACAUAAAACUCAUAUCACUAUUCUUCAGUGAUAAGUAUUUGGAUAAGUUAGAAGAAGCGUGGGAAAUGUCCAGAAGAAAUGGGAAGUUAAUAGAGUGUUUGUUGUUGCAAAUUGAGACUAAUUUGAACAGACCGAGACUCCAUACGUCACUCUUGAAACUCUUGGUAACAUUGAUGCAAUCGACGGUAAGAACAAACACAUAUACCGUAACAUCAGCUAACGCAAACAAUAUAUUAUCCAAUGAAAAAUUCUCAACACAGAAAAUGAACGAAAAAUUGUUAAAUGGCCAUAAACAUAGGGAAAUAAAUGGAAUAGAUAAGGAAAAUUUAAGUGUAUAUUUUAAUAAAGAGUUUUACAAGGUAACCUACGAAGUAAUGAUCAGAAUGUUAAAAGGGAAUAUAUCAACAAGGUCAAUAUCAGCAGUAUCAAAAGUAGUGGCAUACUCAUUUAUACUCCUGCCAAUGGAUGAAAACAUGAGAUCUAAGAGAUUUGCACUUUUACUCAAACACGUCAACUCGCCAGACCCACAAGUCAGACUAGUGACUAUCAAAACACUCAUUAUCAUCAUGAGGGAAUUGUCAAGUCCAGUGGUUUGGAAAAGAUAUGCAAAUUUGGUGGUGGUGGCAGUCCUGCCACAACUGGUCUCGGAAGAUGAUACGAGUUGCAGAAAACUGUUACAAAUACUAGUAACAAACAUUUGGACAACUGGAACAAGAGAAAACAAAAAUGAACUUUUGGAUAUGGUAUCACACUUUGUAAGGAAAAUGAAGAGUCACGUGCAACUGGCAUUCUCAUUUUUUGUGUACUUGGCACUCAAGAAUGAAAAAUCACUACAUAACAUUAAUAAACUGAAUUUGAAACACUUGGAAAGUUUUAUAGAUGAAAUCAAUAUCGAUCACUGGCAAAACUGUUACUAUUGGUUAAAGCUCUUGGAACACCUGCUCACAAUACAAUUUGAACUCAAUAGAGAGCCUGCCUCCAAAAUAUGGAACUUUGUACUAAAUUCAGGUCUCACAUCACAACACCCAUGGGUACUUGCAUCUAGUCUCAGGAUUUUAGCUCAAGUUUUACCCACCAAAAAAGUUCAAGAGUUAAUACCCAACUUUAGUACUAGAGUUUUCAUUUUGCUAAAGUCAAGUUUCAGAAACUUAUCUACUUACCUUGGAUCAAUAGAAAGACACAGAAAGUUGGAACAGGCAACUCAACAAGUAUUCAUAAAUUGUGUAAAUGUUUUGAAACAAUCCAAAGAUAAAUCACUUGAGAGGCUCACGUCCAAGUUAUGUUACAUUCUGAGGUGUAACCUGGGAAGAAAGUCAGAAUGUACCCAUAGAAUAAGUGUAAUUUUGGAAAUUUUCUCACAUCUGGCAACUAUUGAGAUCAUAUAUGCACCAAGGAACCGAGUUAUGCUCCUAAAACUCAUGAUUGCACUCUUCAGAGUUGCACACACGAAACCUCCAGGAAUCAGUCACAAGCUAAAGAAUAGGAAGGAACAGGAUACGAAACAUGCUGAUAAGGCUUCAGGUGUUUUAGAAAACAUUGAAACCUGGUUCAAUGAAAACAAUAUGGCACUGGAGUACCUUAAGCUCCUAAGUUUCGCAAGGAACUUUGUCCUGAAAUCAAGACUAGUUAAAAAGAAGCACACGGCAAUUUCAGUAGUUACAAAUACAAGGAUUGCAGCACUCAAGAAACUAAAGAAAAAUAAACUAAAGAGGAAAAGAUUAACAUCUAAAGCCUACAAAUUAGAAACUAGAGCCUAG